AUGAGGACGGCCUUCUGGCUUGGCCGCCAAUGUCUCCGCCAGCACUUCCGCCAAUCCUCUGCCUUCGUGCUCCGCCCGUCGACGCGCCCCUUCGCGUCCGGCCGCUCCUCGUUCAUCCGCACGCACUUCGCGACCCCUCGCUUUCCUGGCAAGACGAUCCUCUGGUCGGGAGCUGGCGCGGCGAUCCUGAGCCCGCUCGCGUUUGUGGAGAUAAGCCACGAGGAAACGGACAAUGGCAAAACGCACGAAGAGGCCAUGCUCGACGUGUCGAGGAGGGAGCUAAAAGAGCAGGUUCCGAAAGCGAUACAAAACUCCAGCAAGUACCGGCGUUCGCUAUACUUCUUCGUUGAUCUGUACAUAAUUGAGCCGAUAGCAACCGGUCUGCGCUUCUUGCACCUGGUCAUCAUCUUCGUGCCCGUGUUGGUUGCCGUGCCGGCGAUAUGGCUCGGGAGGAGGCAGCCGGCCAGGGACAACGAGAGAAGCGGGACGCUCUGGUGGUACAGCUUCCUCGUGAGAUCCAUGGAGCGCGCCGGCGCCGCCUACAUAAAGCUGGGGCAAUGGGCCGCAUCUCGCUCCGAUGUGUUCCCCACAGAGCUCUGCCGGACCAUGUCGACGCUCCAUUCCAACGCUCCCGCACAUUCGCUCGAGAGGACGAAGGAAACUGUGGAGAGGGCUUUCGAUGGCCGGCGCUUUGAGGACAUAUUUGACGAGUUCGACGAGAAACCACUCGGCGUAGGUGCCAUUGCUCAGGUAUACAAGGCAAAGCUGAAGCCGGACCUCGCAACCUUGGACCAGGAGCGUCUCGAGCUGGAACCUCCCAACCUGCGACAGAGGAUAAGGAAGAACGUCGACGUGACGCUGAAAAAUAUCCCACACAGGGUGCCGUCGAGCCACGUCGCAGUCAAAGUGUUGCACCCAAAGAUCGAGAGGGUGGUGCGCAGAGAUUUGCGCAUCAUGGCUUUCUUUGCUGCGGUCAUCAAUGCCAUCCCCACCAUGGAAUGGCUGUCUUUCCCUGAUGAGGUCAAGCAAUUUGGUGAGAUGAUGAGGCUGCAGCUGGACUUGCGCAUUGAAGCUGCCAAUUUGACUCUAUUCCGACAGCACUUCAAGCACCGAAGCACCGCAUGGUUCCCAUAUCCAUAUACCGAGUACACGACGCGCAGCGUCCUGAUCGAGGAGUUCGCUCAAGGCAUACCACUUGAAGACUUCCUGCAGAAUGGCGGAGGCCCGUUCCAAGAGGAUAUUGCCAACGAAGGCCUCAAUGCUUUCCUGACCAUGGUCCUGAUUGACAACUUCAUUCAUGCCGACCUGCAUCCUGGAAACAUCAUGGUGCGCUUCUACAAGCCUGAGAAGCUAGACGUGUCCAUCCUCAGCCGUAAAGAAGACAGGACAACAGGCCCAAAAGAUUCACCAGACGUGACCGAAGAGGUGCUUCGAAGAUUGCGACCUUACAAGAAGGAUCCACAGCAAUGGAGAAAGCGGCUCGAGGAGAUCGAUCAUGAGGGAUAUCGGCCGCAGAUCAUCUUCAUCGAUACCGGUCUUGUUACCGAACUCAAUGCAACUAACAGGGCGAACUUCCUUGAUCUAUUUAAAGCAGUUGCUGAGUUUGACGGAUACAAGGCCGGCCACCUUAUGGUCGAGCGGUGUAGACAGCCUGAGGCGGUCAUUGAUGCCGAGGUAUUCGCUCUCCGCAUGCAGCAUCUGGUCCUAGGGGUGAAGAGCCGGACGUUCGCGUUGGGCAACAUCAAGAUUGGAGAUAUCCUCAACGAGGUUUUGUCCAUGGUACGGACGCACCAUGUCCGACUUGAGGGCGACUUUGUCAAUGUGGUGCUGAGCAUCCUGCUACUGGAGGGCAUCGGUAGGAGCCUAAACCCAAAUUUGGAUCUUUUUGCAGGCGCUCUACCAAUCCUGCGGCAACUGGGCGCCCAGAGCGGCGCGGGUAUGAUCAGAGGUGGUGAUUUCUCCAUGCUCCGGGUCUGGGCUGGUCUUGAAGCUCGCAGCUUCUUGCAAGCCUCUGUUGAAUCGGUGAGUGAAGUGUAA